AUCAGGGCAUGCUCUUUGCUUGCUGGGAUAACAGACAUGAGAGAGAGAAGACAGCAGUGUUACGGGAAAAAGAAUUAGUGCAUUUGCUGAAAUAUUCUUACUUGACUUCCCUCCAGUUGUACGAUCAUGAGGCGACUAGUCGUACUUCUAUUUCUGGGGGCAUUCCUGGCAUCUGUACAACCUGAGCUCGAUCCACUAUCCCUGGAGGAACUGGGCUCGGACAUCGGAAUUCAAGUGUUUAACCAGGUGGUCAAGACCAGGCCGCAUGAAAAUAUUGUAAUGUCACCACAUGGAAUCUCAUCCGUGCUGGGCAUGCUGCAGCUAGGGGCAGAUGGGAAGACUAAGAAGCAAUUGAUGACCGUCAUGCGGUAUAAAAUCAAUGAGGUUGCCAAAAGCCUAAAGAAGAUUAACAGGGCCAUCGUUGCAAAGAAGAAUAAGGAUAUUGUGACUACUGCAAACGGAGUGUUUGCCAGCAGCGCGUUCAAAAUGGAGGGUUCCUUUGUCUACAAGAAUAAAGAUGUCUUUCACAGUGAUGUCAGAAGUGUUGACUUUCAGGAGAAGAACACAGCUGCUUCCAUUAUCAACCAGUGGGUGAAAAACCAGACUAAGGGGAUGAUAGAAGGACUGAUCUCACCUGAGCUGUUGGACAGUUCUGUUACACGGCUGGUGCUGGUUAAUGCUCUGUAUUUUAAGGGGCUCUGGAAAUCCCGUUUCCAGCCAGAAAACACAAAGAAACGCACCUUUCAUGGACCAGAUGGGAAAGACUAUCAAGUGCCAAUGUUGGCCCAGCUGUCCCUGUUCAGAAGUGGAUCUGCAAGUACACCCAAUGGGCUUUGGUACAAUGUCAUUGAACUUCCUUACCACGGAGGAAGCCUUAGCAUGUUAGUGGCAUUGCCCACAGAGGAGAGCACCCCUUUAUCUGCCAUCAUUCCCCACAUUAGUACUAAAACCUUGCAGAGCUGGAUGACUAUGACUCCUAAGCGGGUUCAGCUCAUCUUACCAAAGUUUAGUGUGGAAGCAGAAGCUGAUCUGAAAGAGCCUCUGAGAAACUUGGGUAUCACAGAGAUGUUUGAUGUAUCAAAAGCCAACUUUGCGAAGAUUACAAGAUCAGAGAGCCUUCAUGUGUCACACCUGCUCCAGAAAGCUAAGAUAGAAGUGAAUGAGGAUGGUACAAAGGCAUCCGGAGCCACAACUGCAGUUUUGAUAGCAAGAUCAUCGCCCCGUUGGUUUACAGUGGACAGGCCAUUUUUGUUUUUUAUUCGGCAUAACCCUACAGGUGCUGUGCUCUUCACAGGGCAGAUCAACAAGCCUUGAGGGGGAGAUGCUCCGUAGUCCUGUAUCCUGAUUCCAGUGCUAGAUAUUUGUACAUUGCCCUGUUUUUUUUUGUGAAUUCUUAUCAUUUUUAAACUGAACGUUUGACUGUAUUUGUAAUGUUUUUUUGUUAACUUUGUUUUGAUAAUGCAGAUCGAUGGUACACUUGCUAAAAGGUGGUUAUUUUUAACUACUGAGUGUUUGUGGCUUUAUUAGAGCUUUUCUUUUUCGUUUUACAUUUUUUAAUAUAUGUAAUUAUUCCCUGAACUUUCUCAUUAUCCUGACAACCAGUUGUGUAUUAAAGCAGUGUGCUGGGUGGGCCGGCUGUGUCUCGGCUAAGCAACAUCCAAGGCAGGAGAUGAUAUUCCUAAAUGGACUUUCACUGAGCCUGAGAAAUAUUUCCUAACGUACUUUCCUAACAUAGAGGCCAUUUUGCACUAAUCUAUAAGAACCAAUCCAACCUUCUUUCAUUGCCUGAGUACAGUAGAUUCAAACUUGCAGUGAUGAGACGUGAUCCUUCACAUGGGGUACUUUCCAGCUAUAAAAAUAGGAGUCGCUGACCCCAUCUUAAAAACAAAUGCUCUGUAAGGCUGAACAUUAUUUGUUAUUGCUACUUUUGAUUACUCAUCUUUCUAUUUAGGCCUCUCCUAUUCAUAUUCAAAUCAAAGCAUGGGUGCUAGGGUACUUUGGACCGUAGCAACCAAAUUUCUGAAAUUGCUGAAUAAAAAGCUACAUAACUCAAAAACCAAAAAUAACGGAAACCAAUUGCAAAUUGUCUCAGAAUAUCACUUUCUAUGUAUACUAAAAGUAAAUUUAAAGGUGAACAACCCAUUUACAGCCAGGACAGCUGAAGGGCUACAGAAUUGACACCUAUAUUGCACCCCAUCUCUAUCACUGAUUGGCUAAAAUAUGUUUUCAGCAUUCCUGCCAUACUUGGAGACGCGUGAUGCCAUUUUUAUUUCCUUUUGAGUCACUGCCCUUGUUUAAUAUGAUUGUGAUGAAUGUACCCAGUUUUUAUAUUGUGUGUAACACCAUGCAUGUGUUCAUUGAAAUAAGUAAACUAAAUUAACAUUUGUAUGGCAUUAAAGACUGCAGCUCUAGCUCCGAGGUGCAUUUCAAAUACAA